AUGAAGCCUGUUGUUUUGGAAGAGUCAGGCACCGACGGUGUGACAAUGCUGGUGAGAAACAGUGGAGAUGCCGGGACACGCAGCAUUGGCCGGGCUAAGGUGGCCCAUGCAGUUGUGGUCAUCUUUUUGGAAUUUUUCUCCUGGGGCCUCCUUACAACACCAAUGUUGACGGUGCUACAUGAAACAUUUCCACAGCAUACAUUUCUCAUCAAUGGACUUAUACAAGGAGUGAAGGGUUUGCUGUCAUUUUUGAGUGCCCCUCUGAUUGGUGCCUUGUCAGAUGUGUGGGGCAGAAAGUCUUUUUUGCUGUUGACAGUGUUCUUCACUUGUGCACCCAUCCCUCUGAUGAAGAUAAGCCCAUGGUGGUAUUUUGCCCUUAUUUCAGUCUCUGGGGUUUUCUCAGUCACAUUUUCUGUGAUAUUUGCAUAUGUGGCAGAUAUUACAGAGGAGCAUGAAAGAAGCACAGCCUAUGGAUUAGUAUCAGCAACAUUUGCUGCGAGUUUAGUUACGAGUCCUGCCAUUGGGGCUUACCUAUCUGCCAAUUAUGGAGACAGUUUGGUGGUACUGGUGGCCACCAUUGUUGCAGUAGCUGACAUUCUGUUUGUUCUCCUGGUUGUACCAGAGUCUCUGCCAGAUAAAAUGAGACUGUCCUCAUGGGGAUUUCCUAUUUCUUGGGAGCAAGCUGAUCCAUUUGCUUCUUUAAGAAAGGUGGGGAAAGACACCACGGUGCUUCUCAUAUGUGUCACAGUGUUUCUGUCAUACCUCCCAGAGGCCGGACAGUACUCCAGCUUUUUCUUAUACCUCAGACAAGUCAUCAAUUUCUCGUCAGCUGCAAUUGCAGGAUUUAUAGCAAUGGUUGGGAUUCUGUCUAUUAUAGCACAGACUUUGCUUCUAAGUAUGCUGAUGAAGAAAAUAGGAAAUAAGAAUACUGUAUUACUUGGACUUGGAUUUCAGCUGUUCCAGCUGGCCUGGUACGGCUUUGGAUCAGAACAAUGGAUGAUGUGGGCAGCUGGGGCCGUAGCUGCCAUGUCCAGUAUCACCUUCCCUGCCGUAAGCACUCUGGUCUCCCGCUGUACAGAUCACGGCCAGCAGGGUGCAGUGCAAGGAAUGAUAACUGGGAUUAGAGGCCUGUGCAAUGGGCUUGGUCCAGCUUUUUUCGGAUUUAUUUUCUUUCUCUUCAAUGUUGAACUGAAUGAGAUUGACCCGGUGCAACAGGACUCAGGUUCAACUGCUAAUAAAGAGAGAUCGGUCAUUCCUGGUCCUCCCUUCCUGUUUGGAGCCUGUACUGUAAUUAUGGCCUUGUUGGUAGCCGUGUUCAUCCCAGAGCAUCGUGUUGUUACUGUAAAGGCCUGCAGCACACGGGUGCCACCGGUCAGUGGAACACAGACUAACAGUUCUGCUCUUGGUAGUGAUGAGGACAUUGAACCUCUAUUGCAGGACAGCAGCAUGUAGCCUGAUUUGACCUGAAGUGUGUUUUUGGGCCAUGCAAAAAUAAAAAUCUGAGAAGGAGCGAGCAAGAAUUUCAUACUGAAUGUGUUUAUCUAGCAAAUGUUGCAGUCGAGCUAUAUUUUAAUUCUUGUUUCAUUUAUAAGAUGUAUU